UUUUUAGAAUGUAUUUAUUUUCGUAUUUCCCAAUUACUUUAAUUAUUUUGAUUAAUUUCUUUUCAAUAUUCGAAUCGGCAGUAUUUAAUGUUAAUAUUCACCCAUUAAAACCGAAACAAAAAAAUAUAUUAAAUAAAUGGCAUAAAAGCAUUAAACAUUUUGGAUUUUUAAAUAAAUUAGCAAAAAAUGUUUUAAAUGGAAACGAAGGGGAAUCUGCCGAAAUUGAUGAUAUAGAUAUUACAGAAGACCGUUAUUAUUAUCGAACUUGGCUUAAUCCACAAGGAACAAUUAAAUUGGGAAUUCCUCCACAAGAUUUUAUCGUUGCUUUCUCGACACGCUCACCAGAUACUUUUGUAGCUCAAAGUGGCAGUGUUACUUGGGACAAUUUUUUAACAUUUGAUAAAACUAAAUCAUAUACAUAUAGCUCUAAUAGAGAUAUUUUUGAAGACUCGCUUUUUGGAACCUCUAAAAAUCCAUAUGUACUUAAUUGUGAUAAUCAUAACAAAGGUGUUAUUGGAAAGGACCUUGUUACGUUAGGUGAUACUUUAGUUCUCCCUCUAAAAUUUGGUUUAAUACAAAAUGUAACAAUACAGCAAUGUAUGGAUUGGAAAGAUUCUGAUAUUGAGGGAAUGUUUGGAUUAGCUCUUUUUGAUUCUUCAAAUGGAAUUCCUUCAACUUUGAAACAAUUAGCUCCAAUUUUAGAUAAACCUGUAUUUAGUGUUCUUACUGAUGGAGAUACAAUGAAUAAUGUUGAAUAUCAUAUGAAAAUAGGUUCUUCAGAAAUUGAGGGACGUUGUCGUUCUAAAGAUUACAUUUAUUUCCCUUCAACGAGUGCUGAAAUUGACGAAUCCAAAAAAGAUGGAUAUCAUACUCGUUUGUUGUCAAUUGAAUUAAAAUAUAAAAAUGGAAGUUUUUCUCGUUGGAAUUUACCUUCUAAAACAGAUAUUGAAUUUACUCGAUUAGUCAAUGAUGAAUUAGGGAAUUAUGAAAGUCAUAUAUAUGGUGAUAUUGAAACAGUUAAUGAAAUAAAUAAACAAUUAGGUGGAAAAUUAGAAUAUUGGCAGGAUUAUAUACAAUAUAUUCCUUGUAACGGAAUUGAUAUGCCUUUAAUUGUGCUUACAAUGGGAAAUAAAACACAUAGGUCAGAAUGGGCAAUACCUCCUGAAGAAUAUUCUAUUGAAUGGUAUGAAGAUAGAUGUCUUUCUUUAUUUCAACAUCAUACAUGGUUUGGUGCAUGGACAUCAUUAGAUUAUCACACGCAAAAUUGUUUUGCCAUAAGCUUUGGUGUCGAGGGGAAUAUGAUUGGAAUGGCUAGACCGAUUGGGGGAAAUAAAUUAAAGAAAAUAGGCAAAAAAGGAAUUAAUAUUAAUAAAUAA